CGAAAUGAUAAUCACUUGAUCAUUGCAACGGAAAAUAUCAGUUGUGGUUGAAUGGCGUCCAGUCUUCUUUCUCCGGCCGCCGUAAACGUCCAACACCAUCCUAACUCAUCGAUUUUCACCGCUGCAGUUCCUUUACUUCCUUCUAUCCGUUUCUUUUCAUAUAGCCAUUGUUCUGGUAGUAAAAUCGUAUCCUCACAACCUUCUUCUCUACAUCCGCCACGGAGUUCCAAUUUAUGGCUUCGCCGGUGCGGUGCAUCGAGCCCUCAUCCGCCUUCUCCUCCGGAGUCUGGACCACCUCCUGGUGAAGAUGACGAUUCUAAUUCAGGUUCAUUGGUAUCUUUUAGUAGAUUUCAAGAAAAUGUUCAGAUUUUUUUUGCUGUUCUUUUCUGGAUGUCGCUCUUCUUCUGGUCAUCCGCAUGGGAUGGAAGGAAUAAUGGCAGAUCCGACAAGGGACCAAAAUUCUGGAAAUGAAUUGUUAAACAUUUAGAUUGUAUAUAUAGCAUGAUAAAACUAGGUGUAUUAUUGUAAUAAAACAACAGCAAGUAGCCACCACUAUAUUUACUGUCGUAUAGCUACU